AUCACAAAAAGGAAAACAAUCUAAGAUCCCAAGCAAAACCCGAUAUCCUUAACCUUUUAAAUUCAUUCAUUAUUCAUUCACUUCCUCUAGUUUCGUUUCCGUCCAACCCGCCGUAACUACCACGCCGACCGUCAUAACUACCGCCGUAAAUUCUCCCAAAAUGGCGAAACUACCCUUACAGAUCCUCCUCCUCUUCCUCCUUUCCCUCAUUUCCUCCUCCAUCGCAGAGAUCAAAACCCUAACCAUCAACUCCGACUCUCGCCCCAUGAUCCUCUUCGAGAAAUUCGGCUUCACCCACUCCGGUCACAUCGCCAUCUCUGUCUCCUCCGUCUCGGUCACUUCCUCCGCCAAUGCCCCCAAUCCCGACGCUUCCCGCCUUGGCUUCUUCCUCUUAUCCGAGGAAGCUCUCCUCCAAGUCCUCCUCGAGAUUCAACAGAAUCCUCACUUUUGCGUCCUCGAUUCUCGCUACAUCCAGCAUCUCUUCACCUUCGGCGACCUCUCCCCACCUCCCCUCUCGCGUUUCAACCACACUUACCCUGUUUCUUCACCCAAUGAAUACUCUCUCUUUUUCGCCAAUUGCGCCCCCGAAACCCGCGUUUCGAUGAACGUCCGAACCGAGACCUACAAUCUCGAACGCGACGGUUCCAAAGAUUACCUCUCCGCUGGUCUAACCCACCUCCCUUCCCUUUACACCUUCUUCUCCAUCCUCUACUUAGUCUUCUUGGGUAGUUGGAUCUACGUUUGUUAUACCAACAAACGAUCCGUGCACCGGAUCCAUUUAUUGAUGAGCGGUUUACUUUUAUUCAAAGCUUUGAAUCUGAUCUGCGCUGCCGAAGAUAAGCAUUACGUUAAGGUUACCGGAACUCCUCACGGCUGGGAUGUUUUGUUCUACAUUUUUCAAUUUAUUCGUGUCGUUUUGCUUUUCACCGUCAUCAUUUUGAUCGGCACCGGUUGGUCCUUUUUGAAACCAUUUUUACAAGAAAGGGAAAAGAAGGUUUUGAUGAUCGUGAUCCCGCUUCAAGUUUUAGCUAAUGUUGCUUCGAUCGUGAUCGGGGAAACUGGGCCUUUUAUUAAAGAUUGGGUGACAUGGAAUCAGUUGUUUUUGCUGGUUGAUAUCGUCUGCUGUUGCGCUAUUAUUUUCCCAAUUGUUUGGUCGAUCCGUUCAUUGAGAGAAACUUCGAAGACCGAUGGGAAGGCUGCAAGGAAUUUGGCGAAGUUGACCCUGUUUAGGCAGUUUUACAUUGUGGUGAUUGGGUAUUUGUAUUUCACAAGAAUUGUGGUGUUUGCUUUGAGGACGAUUGCAGCUUACAAGUAUCAAUGGGUUAGUAAUGCCGCCGAGGAGACCGCGAGUUUGGCGUUUUAUUUGGUUAUGUUUUACAUGUUUAGGCCGGUGGAGAAAAAUGAGUACUUUAUUCUUGACGAGGAAGAUGAAGAGGCUGCUGAAAUCGCUCUUAGAGAUGAAGAAUUCGAGCUUUGAGAAAACCCCUCCGGCCGCUGAAAAGAGAACUUAUAUAAGGGUACUUUGGAUUUUUACUUUUGAUGCAAAUUGGGGCUAGUUUUGAGGUUUGUUCUUAGUGAAUUUUACGGAUACAAGUUGCUGCAUACAACUGUCGCUGUUCUUCUCUUUACUGUUUUUAUUAUGUUUAACUUGUUGCUAAAAUUUGAAUAUGUUUCUGUAUUUCUGCCUACUGCUUAAUGAACUUCUCUCAGAAGGUUGAAUUUAGAAACAAAGAGUUUUAAGUUUUUUUCCGUUCUGCAA